AUGUUUUCAUCAACAUUCUUUUAUUUGGGAUGUAUAAUUGGUCUUGUUUCCUAUACACUUUAUACACUUAGGAGUGUGACAGUUGUAACUCAAACUAGACCAUAUAAAUUGAUUAAAGAUAAUAAUGACGUUAAUAUUCAAUAUUGUAUUAGAACUGAUCAUUAUUUUGAAUCUAAAUUAUCUGAUAAGCUUCAUGCGUGGUUAUAUAGACCAAAUAUUCAAAAAGAUUCAUCUGCAGUUAGACCUGUUAUUCUAAUGGCAGUUGGUCUAGGUACACAAAAAGAUUUUAAUAUAUAUGUUCACUAUGCUAAUUUACUUUGUAGUAAUGGAAUUGCAACAUUUAUAUUUGAUUAUUCUCACUUUGGGGGAUCAGAAGGAACUCCAAGGAAUCUUAUUGAUCCUAUUAAACAAAGAAAUGAAAUAAAAAGUGCUAUAGAUUACAUAUAUAACAAUAAUGAGAUUGAUUAUUUAUUGAACCAGACUAAUAAUAGUGCCAGAAAGUCACUUUGUCUUUGGGGAACAUCUUUUGCAGGAGGAAUGGUCUUCUUAACAUAUUCAGAUAUAAGAGAAGAGAUGAUAACGGGAGCUCCAAGUCCUCUAAUUCACUGUAUAGUAGCUCAUAUUCCUUUUUUAAAUAAAAUAUCAGUACUUGAACAUAUCCAAAUACGUGGUAUUCAGAAUAUUUUGAAUUCAUUAAUGCUGGCAGUAUUAGAUAAGAUGUCAAGUAUAAUUUUUAAAGAUAUAUCAUUAAAUAUUCCUAUAGUUUCAAAAGUGAGAACUUCAGUAAUGAGGUUGUCUGAUACUGAUUAUAACGAAUGGGAAAAUAUUAGGAUUAAAGAUGAAAAGUCCAAUUUAUUAAAUAAUUGGGUCAACUUAACUCCUGCAAGAUCCUUGUGGAAUAUGUUGAAGCAUACAAAUCCAAUAUUAAAAGCAGAAUAUGUUGAUAUUCCUAUUCUGUUACUUCCUGCUAUGAGUGACUGUUUCUUAAAUAUCACUAAAGUUAUUGAAUUUGCAGCUAAAAUUGACAAGAAGUGUGUAAAUUGCACUCAUAUUCUUGCUUUAGAUGGAGGACACUUUAGUUUUAAAGCUGGUAAUGAAACAAAGAAGUUAAUUAAAGAGGUUAGUAAAUUUAUCUAUGAUAGUAUAUAUGUAAACAAAAGUGUAUAA